AGUCACAGCAACGAAACUGAAUCCAAACCGAAUGAUCGUAUGCCAUUGGAAAUAACCUCAUAGCUUUGAUUGAUCCGCGUUAUAGUGUCGCGAUUGUGACUGUAGCAUUACGUAACAUGAAAGGCCCUUGAUGAUCAUUCGAGGGUUCUUUUUACAUGGUGUAACACCUGCACUAAAUGUGAUGCGUGCUAAAGGUCGUUGUUAGCAGUGACAGGCAUAUGGGACACCCAAUCUUGAUUUUUACCUCCAAGUUUAAAUCUCGGAGUCAUCGUGAUAUUUUGUCGGUAUUGGAAGGAAGGGAGACAAGAGCAGACAAGAUACGGAUAACAUUUCCAGUGCCUUGCCGAGGGACAGAAUACAUUACAGUGGCUUGCAGUGUGGAGGAGAGCUUUUAACAUGGCGUUGCUAUUUCAUAGGGCAAGUUUUGUAACAGGAAUACUAACAAUCAUUGGGAUUUUAGGAGAAUUCGAGAUGACACAAUGCGCUGUUACAAGAAGAGGAGCUUCAUCGCACUGCCCAGACGAGAAACCAUUCAUGGAAUCUGGACAUUGUACCCCAGACUGCAGUCCAGGCUUGUAUGGUGAUGAUGUCACAAGAAUGUGUGAAGCUUGUGACCCUUCUUGCAAGACGUGUCUUGAAAGUGCAGACAGGUGCACAAGUUGUCCUGAUCCAUUUUAUUUGCUCGGGAACAAAUGUGAAGAGAGCUGUGGUUCUCUGCUCUCCCGAGGUCCAGCGCGUGGUCGAAUUCGAUUGACUGGUGGUCGUAACGAUUUCGAAGGUUUGGUCCAAAUCCUGCACGAUGGCGUCUUUGGAACUGUCUGUGACGAUGAGUGGAAUAUGAAUGCAGCGAGGGUGAUUUGUCGAGAGCUCCAACUUGGUGAUGCUACAGAAGCUGUAAAUGCUGCUGAUGCUGGUUUCACCCCUGUUUCUCUUCGCACUCCAAUCUUGCUGGAUGGCAUCGCUUGUCGCGGAGAUGAGAGCAGCAUCCAAUCUUGUAGUCAUGGCAGCUGGUAUACCAGCGGAUGCGGUCAUUUUGAAGAUGCAGGAGUUCGUUGUUCUGGUCCAGAUGUUUCCCGUCUUUGUGUGAGCGAAUGCGGUGAUGGUUUCUACCAAGUACCUGGUACAUCGGAAUGUCAACUUUGUGACGUAACUUGUAAAACGUGCUCGGAGCGCUCCGACAGGUGUCUGAGCUGCGACGCGCCACGCUUUCUCCGCUCCAACCAAUGUCUGGAGGACUGUGGAUUUGGCUUCUAUGGCGAUAUUCGAACGCGCACCUGUCAGCCGUGCAGCCCAUACUGCAAGAACUGCAUGGAUGGGGAUACGGAUGACGCAUGCUCCAGCUGUAUGGACGGGACUUUUUUACAGAACGGAAGGUGUGUGACGACUUGUACGGAGCCGCUGCUUUCCAAGCAUUUGCCGAUCAGAAUUGUGGAUGGAACGACGCCUUUUGAAGGAAGAGUUGAGGUUUAUAUCAAUGGAGAUUGGGGAACGGUAUGUGAUGACCAGUUUGAUAUUCAUGAUGCAGAAGUUGUCUGCAGGCAACUUGGUUUUGGAGAGGCUGUGGCUGCAGUUAGAUCUCCAGGAUUUGGACCAGGCCAAGGUAAAAUCUUGAUGUCUGACUUAAGAUGCAAUGGUACAGAGGAUGAGUUGGUAAACUGUGCUCAAAGUCCCUUCAGUCAAAACAAUUGCUACCACCACGAAGAUGCAGGUGUCGAGUGCUCUGGGUCGUUAUCUAUUGUUUUAAAUUAUGGCUCUUCUACAAGAACUAUUGUUCACCCUGGAGCAACAGGUGCGUGUAAAGACAGCUGCGAAGUGGGAUAUUACGCCAUCGGCCCACAAUGCCUUGCAUGUGACGCUGACUGUCUAGAGUGUGUGGGUGCACCAAACCAAUGUACAGCUUGUAAAGCGCCCUCUUUCCUUCAGGGUUCAUCUUGCGUCAGUCAAUGCGGUAGUGGUCAGUUUGGCAACACGUUGACCUCUCGAUGUGAGGCUUGCGACAGAGAUGUUUGUGAUUCUUGUGCCGAUGGUGAUAGGAACAACAUCUGUACAUCCUGUCCACAGGGCAGAUAUAUGAAGAGUUCAGAAUGUGUUUUGAAUUGUGGACCAGACAUGUACCUACAAGAUAACAUGUGUGUUGAAGACUGUGGUCUAGGAAACUACUCCAAUCCUAACAUGUUUACCUGUCAACCAUGUGAAUCUCAGUGCCUGUCCUGCGGUUAUAUGGACACACCUAAUGUCCAGUGCAUCACCUGCAAACCCCUAAAGAUCUUGGACCCGACAUCAGGAGACUGUGUUGAUCAAUGUCCAGCUGGCCAGUAUUCUUUCAUCUUAGACCCAUCAUCUGUCAUGCCACAUCAAACUCUCCGUCUGGUUGGGGGACAUACCCAUCUACGAGGCAGAGUAGAGAUUUUUCAUGAUAACCAAUGGGGAACUAUCUGUGGAGAAGUCUUCAACAAAAAUGCAGCCAAUAUUACUUGCCAGAGUCUAGGAUUAGGAAAUGCUGAAGGCCUGUUGGCGGUUGGUCCCGAAUCUGGCAUACCCUCCAGUGAUGGAUUGAUCUGGCUUGAUAACCUUCUAUGUGAUGGCACAGAAGAUAGACUAGAAGAUUGUCUCCAUACAGAAUGGGGUAAACAUAACUGUGAUCACACUCUAGAUGCUGCCAUACAGUGCUCAGGUCCUGGAAUUCGUGAGUGCACAUCAGAAUGUCCCGAGGGUUUCUAUACCAGCCAAUCAGACUGGUCUUGCCAACCUUGUAGGGUCCACUGCCAGACCUGUGAGGCUAGUCCAGACUAUUCCUGUACUGCCUGUAUACCAGGAACCCACCUCCUAGGGAUAGAGUGCGUAGAGGACUGUGGAUCAGGGUACUUUACCAGUAACGGGGUGUGUGUUCCCUGCAGCGAUAACUGCGCUACCUGUGACAUGGAUUCCACACACUGCACAAGUUGUAUCGGCUCACAGUUUUUGGAAGGAAACACAUGUGUUGAUACCUGUAGUGGCUACAAGCUUGAGAAGACUGACACCAUCCGGCUGGUAGGGGGCGCCACUGCUCUUGCAGGACGUGUUGAGGUCAAAAUCGAUGGCGGCUAUGGGACAGUGUGUGAUGAUGAAUGGGAUAUCGUCGAUGCUCAUGUUGUCUGCAAGCAGCUUGGACUAGGAGUAGCGUUAGAAGCCAGCAUCGAAGCAAAGUUUGGAUCUGGGCAGGGUACCAUAGCUCUGGACAAUCUUUCCUGUACUGGUGAAGAAUCUAAUCUCUUGGCCUGUCAGCAUACUACAGAUAAUGAUUGUACACACAGGGAAGAUGCAGGAGUUGUAUGCUCUGGUCCUGACGCUUCCAACAUGUGUAUUAGCAGGGCUCAGUGUAACAACGGAAAGUAUGUGACCACCGGUGGAAUCAGCUGCGGAGUAUGUGAUAUCAACUGUGCCUCUUGCUCUCAGACCUCUACCCAUUGCACUUCCUGUCCUCCUGGGCGUGUCCUCAGGGGUGACUUUACCUGUGCUGAUGAAUGCGAAGAAGGCAGCUAUGCAGAUGAGGACAAUAUAUGUCAGAAAUGCAGUGAGCAGUGUUUUGAAUGUACUGGCCAUGCCUCUCAGUGCACAAAAUGCCCUCCUUUAUUUUACCUUAACACCGAGACCCAAACCUGUGAUUCAUCUUGUACCAGUGGGCUCGUCAUGCGAGGAAACCGUAACAUCCGUCUCCGUGAUGGUGCAACACCAUUGGAAGGCAGGGUUGAGAUUUUUCACAACAAUGAGUGGGGGACCGUCUGUGAUGAUGAAUUUGACGAUCUGGAUGCUCAAGUGGUUUGCCGUCAGCUUGACCUUGGCAACGCGGUGGGUUUCUUCCUUGGUUCUAAUCCCGGAUCUGGUCCUAUCUUUCUUGAUGAACUCCAGUGCACCGGUGAAGAAGCCAACCUAUUUGAGUGUAUGCAUGGUGGUAUCAAGAGACAUGACUGUAGUCAUAACGAGGACAUAGGUGUGACUUGCACUGGACCAGAUACAUCCCUUAAGUGUGUGUCUAGCUGUGAAGAUGGCUUCUUUGCUAAUGCUGAUUCCGAGUGUGAGAUGUGUAGCGAUGCCUGCCCAACCUGUGAAGGUACUGCCGAUACAUGUACCAGUUGUGUUGCUCCUUACUUCCUCAAUGGGACCAAGUGUGUUGACUCCUGUCCUAGGGGCGAGUAUGGGAACAUCAACACCCAUACCUGUGAACCUUGUCAUGAUGCUUGUGAGGAAUGCUUCGAUGGACAAACCAAUGAUAUGUGCAAGAUGUGCAAGUCUGACUUCUUCCUUCAAGGUUGGUCCUGCGUUUCUGAAUGUUCUGAUGGCUACCAGCCGUUGAGUGAUGUCCUUCUCAUGCUAGGACAGAGUGAAGCUGUCCGUCUGGUGGGAGGAUCCAACCCCAGGGAGGGGCGUGUUGAAAUCUCCCAUGAUGGCCAAUGGGGAACCAUCUGUAACAACAACUGGGACUUGGUCGAUGCAAAUGUCGUAUGUCAUCAGCUUGGCCAGGGAAGUGCGGUAGAGAUCAUCACAGGAAGUGUCUUUGGCCAGGCUUCCUCAGACAUGCCAAUCUGGUUGACUGGAGUGGACUGUAAAGGUUGGGAGCUGGGUCUAUCCCAGUGCAUCAACAGUGGAUGGGGCAACACUGGCUGCUCACAUUAUAGUGAUGUUGCCAUUCGAUGCAGUGGAGUGAAUGACCAACAAAGAGGCAACAUUUGCAGACAGGUUACCUCAGCUUCAUGUGACAGCAUGCCUUGUAGCAGAGGGGUAGACUGUGUAGCUAUGAGUGAUGACCAAUCUGUUUGCUUAGAAUGCCCAGAGGGACAGGUUGGCAGUGGGAAUGAAUGCACAGUGGUGUCCAGUUACCCACCAUCAUUCUCUGAUGAACCAAAGAACCGGACUGUCAAUGCUGGCUCAGGGGCCAUCUUCCGUUGUAGAGCCGAUGGUCGACCUUCUCCAAGGGUUACAGUCAGCAGCUGGCUCAAGGAUGGUCAACCGUUGUCCCAGCUAGAUUUAAAUAGCGGACGUCUCAAGGUCUACACCUCCUCCGGCUCUCUCCAGUUUGUCAGGACUCACCGACAGGAUUCUGGGAACUAUACAUGUGUUAUCAAGAACACACAGGGUGUGAACUCAUCAAGUGCUUUCCUUGUUGUUAAAGAACGACCCCACAUCAUGUCCACUAAGCCUGAUGAGCGCGUCCUCGGCGAGACUGCCGAGCUACGAUGCACAGUGGUGGGUCUCCCAGAAUCUAGCGUUUCCUGGAGAUACAAUGGACAACCUGCAAUGGGUGAUAGAUUCCAGAGUUUCAGUGACAACGGAACGCUAUUCAUCAGGGAUGUACGACACGAGGAUAAUGGGAUGUAUGAUUGUGUGGCUGUAAAUCAACUCGGUAAUGAUACAGCAUCGGUGAAGCUGACUGUUUAUGAAGUACCAACAUUCUUGGAAGGUCCUGAAGAGAUGGAAAUCAGGAUGGGUUCUGAUGUCCGGAUACCCUGCGUGGUGUCUGGCGUCCCCAAGCCUAGUAUAACAUGGAAGAAAGAUGGUCAGAUGAUAUCUCUUAAUGGGAGGGUUGCCAUUCAUGAAGACAAGACGCUUGUGAUUCAUGAGAGUCAAAAAGAAGAUAUGGCUGAGUAUGCAUGCAUAGCAUCUAACAAGGUUCAGACUAGUACUAGAUUGGCUAGACUACUUAUUAUAGGACCCCCUCAUAUAACAGAAAGACCUACAAAUCAGACACUGGUCACUGGUGAGACGGUGGUAUUACCAUGUACGGUGAUCGGUGCCUUCAAUCCCACUGUGACAUGGCAACACAAUGGAGAAGAUGUUGUAAUUGAUGAGCGCCAUCUAGUGGCUGAUGGCACCCUAACAGUGACUGAUAUUGACCCUGCUGACGGUGGGGAGUAUGAAUGCACAGCUACCAACAAAGAGGGAGCUGUUUCUGCUAGCGCAUAUGUAUCUAUUACCGGUCCUGUUCGUUUAGGCCAACAUAAACAUGUAGGCUCUAAUACAACUCUCAUCGCCAUCCUGAUCGUUGUCAUAAUCAUCGCUGUCAUUGGGGUUGCAAUCUAUGUACGACGUAGACGUCGACAGGGCCAGAAGAACAUAACUGCCAAUUCUAUAUUCAAGGGGACAACCAGUCCUCACAGCAUUGUGUUUUCAAGCAAUGGAGCUUAUCGUCAGUUCAGUGAUGAUGGCGAUGUUGAAAGUAGUGGUGAAGAAGUCAAAAAGAGCAGAAGUAAAUUAAAAUUUUCUCCAAAGAAAAGCAAACAGGGUAUACUCCUUGAAGAUGAAUUAGAAGAGCAACUAUGAGCUACUAUCAAAGUCUGAGAAAAUAUAAGUAAAACUUUGUAUUUUCUUCAAGUAUUGUUUCUUUAGAUUUAAUUACUGGCUUUGGACAAAGUUUCUUCAUGUUUGUGUAUGGGACAAAGAUUUAAUAUUUUUGUUAGUCUUAUUACAAAGGAGAUGGACAAGAAAUUUAGCCAAUAUUUUGAACUCCAAUUGAACAUUUAACAGGCUGGUUUCAUUUGCUGCUUAACUAUGGUUGCUAUAUAAUGUCACAAAUAUUUGUAAUGGAUUCUUUAUCAGCCAUUUCAUUUCUCAAAAUAUUGUGCAACUUUGGAAAUGAUUAGUACAAUAGUUUUUUAAUUAAUAAAGCAUGAACAAGUCCGAUAGACAUUAGGAGUAUUCCAGUAUUCCAUUAGGAGUAUUCCAAUAUUUUACCUGUCCUUUGUUAAAUCUUAAUUUAAACCUCGGUUUAUAUCAAACUGGAGUAAAAAUAUAUGCUAUAUUGCUUGUUCUUUUUAUACCAAAAUCUUUAUAUAGCACAAAAUACAUGUAAAUUGCUUGUGUAGUAUUCAUGUGCCUUGGGCACUAUUGUGAAUGUUCAAAUGUGAUUUUCAUGUCAUGUAAUAUACUUAUAUCAUGCCUUUGGGGCAUGUAUAAUUAUUUAAAAGAAUAAAAUGGUGUGUUGAUUGAAUUAUAUUGUUUGAACUGAGUGCCAAUUUUGAAUAACACUUUGGACAUAAUUUUCAAAAGUAUGUAUAUUAUUCUUAAUGCAUAAUUAUUGAUUAGUGUGUCUGAAUGAGCUGUAAUAGUAGGGGUACUUGAGAUUAAAGAAUGCUGUCAAUUUUGACACGGAAAUAUUAGAAUAUAAAUCUGAUAAAAUGAAACAGGAAAGGAAAAUGUGAAACAUAGAUGUCAUGAUGCAGUUUGACCUUUGAAAUGUGUUCUUCACCCACAAACUGUUUAUAUUAUAUUUGAGAGAGAUGUACACAUACAAUUAUCAAGACCUUUUCCAAAUACUGAAAUCAAUUAUCUGGAGAGUAUUCUUCGGCAGCUUCCUGAAUGUUUUUUUCUUUUCUUCAAAUUCCACUAAGUAUGGGUACUAAUUAUCUGUACGUUGCAAUGGACUUUAUACUUCAGAAGUUAUCGAAGAUCGAGUGAUAUGUUAUUCAUAACAUGCAUGUGUCGCAUUUCAGUAAUUUGCAUUGGUGCCUGUUUAUAUAAAUCUCUCUCAUGGCCUUCCAUAAUAGUUAGAUACACAAACAGUAUUGUAAAAUUACAUUUUAAGGUUACACCCUUUUUGGCAUUCCAUAGGAAUAUCAGUGCUUCACAAUUUAUGUAAAUCUUUUCAUGGCCUUCCAUAAGAAUUCACAAACAUCAUUAUCAAAGGCAUGAUGAGAGAAUAUAUUUAUUUAAAUGUAAUCAUUAUUUAUUUAUCUGUUUAAAGGAAAGUUAGCAUUCAUGAUGAUAAUUGUAUGUGUGUCUUUGUAUGUGAUGACGUUCUUCCUGCCCAUAAGAGCAAUAAAUUUACUCAUUGGCUGUGAGCCAAUAUUGAUUUGAAGAUAAGUUUUAAAAUCAAACUAUGGAACAUGAAGUUGUAAAUGACUAGUUAGUAAAUUGCCUCAUGGAUAUCACUGACCGACCUUAUGGGAAGAUAGAGGAGAUCAACAAAACUUUAACAAGGGGAGAGAAGAUGGGGGGGGGGGAGGCUGGCUUGGUCAUUAUUUAAUUUGAAUUGUACCAUUAUGAGCUAUGCUGAAUGCCUUGGUUUUACAUGUCUUAGACUUUUGAUAUGUUGCAUUAUAAAAGAAAAGGAUGAGUAAAAUAGAGUAGGACGAUAUGCAUGAUUCUUGCUAGGUUUAUCAGCACUUGUAUAUUGAUACAAAAUUUUGCUAAAACUGAUCAUAAAGUGUACAGUACAUGUGCAAUAGCCUCAAUUUCAUGUAAAAAUGAUAUUUUCCUUCCCUUCCUUUGCUUCAUCUAUCUUUUCUAUUUGUACUUUCUCUUUUUCUUUUUUUCUUCAAAUUCAAUAUGAAUGCUAUGUGGAAGAUGAAAUAUAAAGUAUCAAACUGAAAUGUUUGGUUCAUCAUUCUUGUCCUUGAACCAUAUUUUCUUACUUGAAAUGAUUUUGGAAUUAAAUAUAUUUUGUUACAUUAUGAAUAUUGCUCUCAAUUGAUGCCAAUGGAUAACUGUCAGUGUAAAUUAUGUGAAUAUUGUAUAUAGAUAUUUCAAUGCAAUGCAAGGCAUGAGGGACAUAUAUUGUAUUAAUAUGUAAAUAAAAUGUGUCAUACAUGGCUGUAAUAUAAAGAAUGAAGAAUUAUUGAUAUUAAAUUGGUGGGUAGGUAAGAUUAAUUGCACAUUAUUAUAUAUCAAUGAAACCGAUCCAAGCACCAAAAAUCAUUUCACUUAUACAUUUUGCUGACGUAAGUACUGAUCUCCUGAAAAAUGGCAAGUAAUAAGUGAUCUUGUAAUGUUUGGUUGAAUACUCAUCAAUUUGAAGAUGAUGUUAUUUUAUGGCUGAAUUGUUCAUUCACCUUGUGACUGUUAUGUUUCUGGGUUUUUUCCUAUCAACUCAGUAAUGAACGUUGUAAUGGCUUUAUUAAGGCUUGAUUUUUGUCAAUACCUUUGUAAUAAAAUUUGGAGAAUAUCACACUUGAAACAAUUUUACAUUGUUAAUUGUUGGUAUUCACAUUGCUGCUGCACAUCAAGUGUAUUCUUAAAAAUAAACCGGGGGGGGGGGGGGGCACUCAACUUUAUUGCUGUACACACACACACACACAGACCACAGGUUUCACAAAACCAAAAUAAUUCUUAUCCAAAUUUCUAUCCCAUUCAAGUAUAUUUACAUGCUUUUUCAACAAUGCACCCUAAACAAGUAUAACCCCAACAAUUUUUUUUUUUACUCCACAAACAUACCCUUUUCCCCUAAAUACGUCAUGUGCAUGAUGCGCCAUGAUCGAUGUUGUGUUUUUUGUUUGUACAUGUGUAUAGCAAUAUAGUCGAAGGCCCCUCCCCCUCCCUCCUGGAGCGUAAGUAAUCAAAUGACUUGGAAUUUUGGAGCAAUGUGUUAUCAAGGGCUAAAGUGUGUUAAUUAGAUUUUGAACAUCCAUCUUUAUAGAUGCAAUUUCCCAUUACUGUUCUCUGAAAUGUAUUGAGUUGUACUGAAUGUAGUAAUAUUGUCUCACCCACUUACAAAUUAUCUUACUAGUACCAUGAAAGCUUGUCACUGAAAUUGAUAAAAAAAUAAAUGGUGUGCAAUCAUCACAUAUCGUGACAAAUU